CGCCUGCGCACUGAGCCGCUCGCCCUCCCGGAAGCGCAGCUCCCGCUCGCGCCACGUCUCUCCGGGCAGGUCCUCCCGGGUCUUCUCAGCCGCCGCCUCAGCCCGCUAGGGGCGAGCCGCACCUCUCCGGACUGGACCGAGAGCACCAUGGGCAGCUCGGCCCCGCGCUCCGCCUGCGCGCUGCUCCUGCUGCUUCUGCUGCUGCGGGCCGAGCGGCUCCGGGGCGCCGAGCUCACCUUCGAGCUGCCGGACAACGCCAAGCAAUGUUUCCACGAGGAGCUGGCGCAGGGCGUGAAGUUCUCCCUGGAUUACCAGGUCAUCACUGGAGGCCACUAUGAUGUUGACUGCUAUGUGGAGGACCCCCUGGGAAAUACCAUCUACAGGGAAACCAAGAAGCAGUAUGACAGCUUCACACACCGGGCUGAGGUCAAGGGCGUCUAUCAGUUUUGCUUCAGUAAUGAGUUUUCCACCUUCUCUCACAAGACCGUCUACUUUGACUUUCAAGUGGGCGAUGAGCCCCCCAUUCUCCCAGACAUGGGGAACAGGGUCACAGCUCUCACCCAGAUGGAGUCCGCCUGUGUGACGAUUCAUGAGGCUCUGAAGACAGUGAUUGACUCCCAGACGCAUUACCGGCUCCGGGAGGCCCAGGACCGGGCCCGAGCGGAAGACCUGAACAGCCGGGUCUCUUACUGGUCUAUCGGCGAGACGAUCGCCCUCUUUGUGGUCAGCUUCAGCCAGUUGCUGCUGCUGAAAAGCUUCUUCACAGAAAAACGGCCCAUCAGCAGGGCGGUCCACUCCUAGCCCAGGUGUCCUGCCCCGGGGCCCUGCACACCCCAGGGUGGAGCAGCUCUGCUAGGUCACAGGCUGCUGGGCUAGGGGUGCAGUUCAGGGUUGGGUGGAGCUGCAUAGAGGAGUGCACAGGGUGGGUGCUGGUAUGGCGGUCCCUUGCCUUCCACACUGAUGCUUGGUCCUUGCACCCCAGUAGCUGAAGCCUAGAGCCCAGUAACAUGAAGGUAUCCAACUGCGUUCUGUGUGCAAUACUGAAAACAUGUUUACAGUCAGGCUGGGUACUGGCCACUGUGGGAGGUGGGCAGACAGCAAUCCAGAGGCCGGGCUGAUAGGAGGAACCCCGAGUGCUCAGAUCACUGGGCAGCUCAGGGCCUUGCCUUUACUCGGUGAUGCAUGGGGUCACUUGGCUUGUGCGUCCUGUCCUUGUGCGGAACACAGGGGCUCGCAGUUCUGGCUUUUCCUCCCAUGGGGCUCUCUGCACCUGUGAAAACCAGGCCCUGAAGCAACAUUGCAGAUCUGCCCACCCCAGGUGAGAACUGGUGUCAGCCAAGCAAGCAGGGCCGGAAUGGUGCCUGGGUGCCUUGGUGAGUGGAGUGUUUCCCAGGAGACAGAACUAUGGCUAAUAAAAAGCAAGUGGAACACCCUGGA